CCAACAGCCAUUUCGCAAUUACGUUUUCCCGUGGAGCACCGCCGCUGUCAAAACACUUCGCCAUUUCAGUCCUAGGAGGGGGAAUUAGGUCAGCCGAGCGGAGGUGGCGGUUUCUGACUUAGUCUCGUCGGAGUGCUCGGUCUUUGGGUUCCGAUGCGAGUCAUCUGGCUGGUGCGGAUGAGUUUUUCCUUCGUGGGCCCGGGUUGAAGAGUGAAGUCGGAUUUUCCCAAGUCAACAGCUACUGAAGCAAGCUGUGCGUGUGUAAACAACAAGGAUGAAGCGGAUCAAAGGAGGAGAGGAGGGAAGCGCCGGCGAAAGCCCUCCGGAGGCGAGCAAAAAGGUCCGCACGGAGCCGGAGAGCGAGGAGCCGGAGGCCGCCGGCGAGUCUCCGCGCUGCGACUGGUCGCGCCUGCCUCAGGAGCUCCUGCUGCACAUCUUCCAGUACCUCCCGCUGCUGGACCGGGCGUACGCCUCGCAGGUGUGCCGCGGCUGGAACGAGGCUUUCCACAUGCCCGAGCUGUGGAGGUGCUUCGAGUUCGAGCUCAAUCAGCCGGCGAGCUCGUACCUGAAGGCCACGCAUCCAGACCUCAUCAAGCAGAUCAUCAAGAGGCACUCCAACCACCUGCAGUACGUCAGCUUCAAGGUGGACAGUAGCAUGGAGUCUGCAGAGGCGGCUUGUGACAUCCUGUCUCAGUUGGUGAAUUGUUCCCUGAAGACCUUGGGGCUCAUCUCUACAGCCAGGCCCAGCUUCAUGGAGGUCCCAAAGUCUCACUUCAUCUCGGCUCUCACCGUGGUCUUCGUCAACUCCAAGUCUCUGUCCUCGCUGAAGAUCGACGACACGCCGGUGGACGACCCGUCCCUGAAGGUCCUGGUGGCCAACAACAGCGACACCUUGAAGCUGCUGAAGAUGAGCAGCUGCCCCCAUGUGUCCCCUGCAGGGAUCCUGUGCGUGGCGGACCAGUGCCACGGGCUGCGGGAGCUGGCGCUGAACUACCACCUCCUCAGCGACGAGCUGCUGCUGGCCCUCUCCUCCGAGAAGCACGUGCACCUGGAGCACCUGCGCAUCGACGUGGUGAGCGAGAACCCGGGCCAGCACUUCCACGCCAUCAAGAAGAGCAGCUGGGACGCCAUGGUGCGCCACUCGCCCAAGUUCAACCUGGUCAUGUACUUUUUCCUCUACGAGGACGAGUUCGGCCCCUUCUUCAACGACGAGAUCCCCGUCACGCACCUCUACUUCGGCCGCUCCGUCAGCAAGGAGGUGCUGGGCCGCGUCGGCCUGCACUGCCCGCGCCUGGUGGAGCUGGUGGUGUGCGCCAACGGCCUGCGGCCGCUCGACGAGGAGCUGAUCCGCAUCGCCAAGCACUGCACGCAGCUGUCGGCCAUCGGGCUGGGGGAGUGCGAGGUGUCCUGCAGCGCCUUCGUGGAGUUCGUCAAAAUGUGCGGCCGGAGGCUGUCCCAGCUCUCCAUCAUGGAGGAGGUGCUGAUCCCGGACCACAGGUACUCCCUGGACGAGAUUCACUGGGAGGUGUCCAAACACCUGGGCCGCGUCUGGUUCCCGGACAUGAUGCCCACCUGGUAGUGCCGUUUUGGGGUUCAGCUGUAGUGAUUUGCUAUGUGCUAGACGAGCAAAAAAAAAAAAAAAACAACAAAAAAAAAACUCCUGCUUGGAGUUAGAAACGUCUCUGCAGACUGAAACCCCCGAAAUCAGCAAACUCUGGGACGAAGCUUAGUGACAGUCAAGCCGUACGGACAUUUGCCCCUGCUUUGUGCCCUGGGAAAGAUGUCUGCCCGUGUGCAGGUACGCCUUGGACACGCCGACCGCUCUGCAGGAAAUCGGGUCGGCUGCACCGUCGCACGCUGCUCCCCAACUCGCCCCACAUUCUCCGCUCUGCUUAGACGCCCGGCACCCCAGCAGCUUUCUGAAUCACUGUAAGGUUAGAUGUGUACAGGAAGGAGGAAGACGCAGGUUUCACCCACAGCUUUGGGACGUGUUUUCCAACACCGAAGGAGCGGCAGCUGAACUCAUGAACCCUGAAGCGCUGCUGCUGCAGACGCUGGCAGAACGCACCGUGUACAUACAGUAGAUACUUGUGACGUGAAGCUGUACAGUGUCCAGUAACGUAAUUUCCCUCCGUGCGUCACACACACUCUGUGUAUUUAAGACACUAUUUUCAUGUGUAGGUGAUAGAAAGUUUUAUUUGUACAGCGAGAGAUUUUAUUUUAAUUUUUUUCCCCCCUACGCACCUUAGGCAUAAACCAAACGACAGCUGGGACGAAUCGAGUCUUUACGGCCAAAUGCCGCAGCUCUGCUGAGGAUGUUUUCUAUUGCACCCAAUUAGUCUGAUCCCAGGCGCAGAAUAUUAAAGUAAUAAAGCUGUAAUGAAAGAAGAAAA